UCUCUAACUGUCUGGCAUCUCUACACUGAAUGACAAGGAGUUUCUGUUCGUUUGCCAAAUAAACUUGUAAAAUUAUAAAUUCGUAAAGAUGGCACGCCGCUACGAUUCCCGCACUACGAUCUUUUCGCCGGAGGGCCGUCUCUACCAAGUGGAAUAUGCCAUGGAGGCCAUUUCGCACGCCGGCACUUGCUUGGGCAUCCUGGCAGAGGAUGGUAUCCUGCUAGCCGCCGAGUGCCGUAGCACUAACAAACUUCUGGACAGCGCCAUUCCAUCGGAGAAGAUCUACCGCCUGAAUGAAAACAUGGUCUGCUCCGUCGCCGGCAUCACAUCGGACGCCAACGUGUUGACCUCAGAGCUGCGCCUCAUCGCCCAGCGCUACCAGUUCAGUUACGGCGAGGUGAUUCCCUGCGAGCAGCUCGUCUCACACCUGUGCGACAUCAAGCAGGCCUACACUCAGUACGGAGGCAAGCGUCCCUUCGGCGUGUCACUGCUCUACAUGGGCUGGGACAACAAGUACGGCUACCAGCUGUACCAGUCCGAUCCCAGCGGCAACUACGGUGGCUGGAAGGCCACUUGCAUUGGUAACAAUUUCGGCGCUGCUAUUACUAUGCUCAAACAGGAGCUGGCCGACAAGGAGAACGUGCAGCUGAAGCUCGAGGACGCCAAGGAUCUGGCGAUUAAGGUACUCUCGAUGACUCUGGACACCACCAAACUGACCCCGGAGAAGGUGGAGAUGGCCACUUUGCAGCGUGUCAACAACACCACUGUCUACAGCGUGCUGGGAAAGCCGGACGUGGAGAAGCUCAUCGAGAAAUACACCAAGGUGCAGGCGGAGGCUGAGGCUGCCAAAAAGGAGAAACAGACUAAGCAGCAGGCCAAGCCCUAGACUGAGUCUUGGGGCACCGGUGGAUAGAUACUUGCAUAAUUUUUAGCCUAAGGGCAUUCAGUCCCGUUUUUUGUAAUUGAGGAGAGUGAAAUAAAAUUUCAAAAACAAAAGUUA